AUGGCCCCGGCUGCUGACAUGACUUCUUUGCCACUCGGUGUCAAAGUGGAGGACUCCGCCUUCGGCCCGCCGGCGGGGGCAGGCGGGGGUCCGGCUCCCAGUGCCGCCAUGGGCGCGGAUGAGGAGGGGGCCAAGCCCAAAGCGGCCCCUUCGCUGCUGCCCUUCAGCGUGGAGGCGCUCAUGGCUGACCACAGGAAGCCCGGGGCCAAGGAGAGCGCCCUGGUCGCCCCCGAGGGCGCCCCGGCGGCGAGCGGCUCGGCGCAGCCCCUGGGCGCCCGCCCGGGGUCCCUGGGGGCCCCGGACGCGCCCGCCUCGCCGCGGCCGCUCGGCCCCUUCUCGGUGGGAGGACUCCUCCAGCUGCCCGAAGAGGCGCUGGUCAAAGCCGAGAGCCCAGAGAAGCCCGAGAGGACCCCGUGGAUGCAGAGUCCCCGCUUCUCCCCGCCCCCGGCCAGGCGGCUGAGUCCCCCGGCCUGCACCUUGCGCAAGCACAAGACCAACCGCAAGCCGCGGACGCCCUUCACCACCGCGCAGCUGCUGGCCCUCGAGCGCAAGUUCCGCCAGAAGCAGUACCUGUCCAUCGCCGAGCGCGCCGAGUUCUCCAGCUCACUCAGCCUCACCGAGACGCAGGUGAAGAUCUGGUUCCAGAAUCGCCGCGCCAAGGCCAAGAGACUGCAGGAGGCCGAACUGGAAAAGCUGAAGAUGGCCGCCAAGCCCAUGCUGCCGCCGGCUGCCUUCGGCCUCUCCUUCCCGCUCGCCGGCCCGGCAGCCGUGGCAGCGGCGGCCGGCGCCUCGCUCUACGGUGCCUCGGGCCCCUUCCAGCGCGCCGCCCUGCCCGUGGCUCCCGUGGGACUCUACACGGCCCAUGUAGGCUACAGUAUGUACCACCUGACAUAG